GCUUCCAUUCAACUUGCCAUGCAGGAGCAUUUGCCCACGGACCUCAAGUGGAUGACGGUGACCUUAGGGAGUCUCAUCGCCAUUGCCUUGGCGUGGGCUGCCUGGCAGACGAUUUUCUUCCAUGAAGAUGGCAAAGAUGCUAAAGGUGGCGUGGAAGGGAUGAGCGAGAUCCAACUGAUGUUCAACAUCGUGAAGUCUGUGGUGGGCGAGGGCAUGUUAAGCCUUCCAGCAGGCAUCGCAGGUGGCACAGGUUUGCUCGCGGGGAGUCUGAUGACCGUCUUCUUUGCAGCCCUGAUGGGCUACACCUUCUCGUUGAUGGGUCGCGUUUGCCACGUCACAGGUGAGCGAAGCCACAAAGAUUGCUGUGCCAAAGUGGCAGAUCCCUGGUUGGCACAGAGCAUGGCAGUGGUCCUCUUCGUGAAAACGAUCUUCACGUGCUUGGCCUUCGCUAUCGUGAUCAGCGAGUCCUUUGCGCGCAUCCUGCGUUUCUGCGGCGUGCAGGGGAUUAUGGCAACAUCGCAGGCUGCUUUGCUGCUGAUGACGUUCUUUGUGCUGAUCCCACUGUGUAUGCAGAAGCAACUUCGCAUUCUCUCCUACACCUCCAUGAUUGGAUGUUUGGGGCAGGUGUGGGUGGUCUUCACGAUGCAGAUCCGCUAUAUGGAUGGGUCCUACAUCCCUGGAGGACAAUUUUACUCCACGCUGCGGACACAGGACCAACCCAACUUCACCGCAGGGGUGAUCUAUUGGAAGACAACGGUGGCCAGUUUCGUCCUGCUCGGGUCCUUGAGCACGGCCUUUAUUGCGCACUACAACGCCCCCAAGUUCUAUUCCCAGCUGCAAGACGCAAGCCCUGAGAAGUUUCGGAAGGUGGUCAUUGGAGCGUUCAGCUUCGCCAUGGUCAUCUAUUUGUGGAUCAUGGCGGUGGGCUACCUGACCUUUGGCACUGCGGCAGAAGGGCUGAUUCUCAACAACUAUUCCGAGAAGGAUAUGCUGAUGACCACGGCGCGAUUUGCCAUCAGCUUUGCAGUGGUCUUUGCCUUUCCCCUUGGCUUCACGGGUCUCCGGGAUUCAAUGAUGUCCACCUUUGAGCUUGGGCAGGAGCACUUUCGCUCGGUGACCUUUGGACUGCUCAGCGUCAUCAUCUGCGGGGCCUGCAGCUUCCACGACUUGGGCCUGGCAAACAGUCUGGGAGGUGCAGUCCUGGGUGCCAUGAUCACUUUGAUCUUUCCCGCGGUUUUGCUUUUCUAUGCUGGGAGGCAGAGCGACAGCGACAGCUCCGAAUUUGGCAACUUCGAGCCCACCUGGGCUGCAGCAGCUGUAGCUCUGGCGGGAGUUGUUCUGCUGGUGUUUGGAUCGAUCAUCGUCCUCAUGAAGAAGUUCUUUCCUGAAGCCCUACAUUUGCCUCAGUAAGAUCUGCUCUGACCGAAGCUUUCCGAGCCAGAUCCCUUUUCCAGGGCUUCCCGACUCCGCCAUGUGCAUGAUGGUUUAGUUGGGAACUCAUUCCCGAAAAACAUGGAGAUCAUGGAGUGGCUUCAUCAGAUUUCGGCAUACCUCCAUGAUGAUCCAUGAUGC